CAUAUGGGCAAAAAAAAAAUCAUAUUAAUAAACUGAAAAUAAUCCAUUGUGCUUGAGAUAAUGCUGUAUCCAUUAUGAUUGAACAUUGGGUGCCUAGGUUCCAUGGAUCCAACAAAGCUUUCUAAGAAUGAUGGUCAAGGGAUUAUUCAUGAUAUCCUCAACGUGGUUCUUGAAGUGGAGGCUCUACUAAAAAUGCUCUGCCCGUUGGAAAUACAACAGGUCUUGAAGAUUCAUCUCGGAUCGAAUAUAAAGAUGACAAUAUCUAUGUUCAAAACCAACAGAACCGGAGGAAGCUACCAGGCUUGCAAUCUGCUCCAUACUACAAUAUGCUACGAACACCUCAUGGUUAUAUGCCAUCUCACACUGCCCAUACUUCCGUUAAUGCUGCUGCCUCACAAUCUUCUUAAAUGCAAUUCUAAGGCUUGUGCCAUAGUGCUCCACAGCCUGCUGCAAUGACAAACCCACAUCAUCUAGGCCCUGCAAUGGGGGGCUAAAGUUGGUCCAGGGGCUCAACUAGGUGCUUACCAACACCCUCAAUUGGCUCAUUUUAACUGGACUACAAACUUCUGAAUGCUGUCUAGCUAUAGAAAGUUUAAAGUUUACUUUGUGAAAUAACCCGCAAUCUUUUUAAUGCAAUGCUUAUGUAGUGUUUAAUUUCCUCCCAUUUAGUCAACUAUAUUUUUUUAAUAUUUUGAAUUAAGCCUUCUAUGCCGUCCAA